AUGAAUGGGGACAGUUCGGACCAAUUCACAGAUGUGCCCAUGACCAACGGCGAGCCACCCGAGAAGAAGCCACGCUUGGAGGGGGCGGAGCAGGUCCCCGUGCCAGUUCCAGCUGGCCCGCCGCGCUUUGAAGGCCGCGUGAAGUGGUUCAGCAAGGAGAAAGGCUUCGGCAAGAUUCUGCCAAGCUCGGGCCUGGUGGAAGAGGUCUUUGUCCACAAGAGCCGCUUUGAAGGCGGCCCUGAAGGUCCCCAUGCGCAGGCUGUGGCAGAGGGCUCGGUGGUGUCCUUCGAGGUCAUCACCUCCCAGGUGGACGGGAAGCCCACCGCGAGCCACGUCCAGGUUGCUGGGGUGCGCUCGGCCAGCGGCUUGCCAGAGAAGUGGUCUGCCAGUCAGAGGGAGGCCUUGAUCCGGAAAUUGUUGGCAAACGGCAUGCAGAUCGGCACUUUCCAGGAGAAAGGAGUUGGCAAAGCACAAAUGGAGGAUAGGAUGAUAAUUCGGGCUGGCAUUCCGGUUGAAUAUGUGGGUGCCAACUGCAAGAAGGUGGUCGUGUCGCUGUUCGGCGUCUUCGAUGGCCACUCAGGUGCAUCUUGCAGCGACUUUGUUGCCACCAACCUGGACCGCAUCGUCUUUGAAUGCAUCAGGCAUCAGACAAAGCGCGAGGUUGGCAGCGACAUGGCCAUCCGGUCAGCGCUGCAAGCCGCGUUCCGCACCACUGAGCACAACUUCUUCCAGUAUGCGAACAGGCUAGAGGCGGGUCCUGCGGCUGCUUGGGCAAACGCAGGCAGUACCGCCUGCACAUGUACCUUUUAUGGUCCGGACGAGGAUGGACGUUUGCGACUGGCUGUGGCCAACGCUGGCGACAGUCGAGCUGUGUUGGGCCGGAAGGACUGCAGAGCUAUUCGUCUGUCUGAAGAUCACACGCCUGACGUGCCCGGGGAGCGCAAGCGCAUUGAAUCCGAGGGCGCUGCGGUGGUGCAAGCCAGCGGGAUUUGGCGCAUCGUGUUGCCAAGCAAGAAGGGCACCGGCUUGGCUGGCCUUUCCGUUUCGCGGGGCUUCGGCGACAUUGAAUACAAGACUGGCACCAAUGUGGUAAGCGCCGUGCCAGACGUUUUCGUGUCAAAUCUAGACCUCCAGCAGGACUGUUUCGUGGUGAUUGCGAGUGAUGGAGUGUGGGGGCCCGUCACCGAUGGCGAGGCGGUGCGAAUUGUGGCCAGUGUCCUCCGCGAGGGUGGAGAGGAGCCGGCGGCGAAUGCCGCACGCGUGCUCCUAGAAAUUGCGCAUCAACGCGAUGGCCACGAUGACAAGACAGUCUUGGUGAUUUGGUUCGGGGAUUUGCCAUCUGCACCUCCAGCCGUCCCCAUCUCAGCCCACUGCUCGCUCGUGUUUUUUCUUGACUGUGAACUGUGCAGGACAAGGUGA